AUAAGCUAUGGGUCAUUGGUUUUAAAAUUGUUUGUUUCAUAAAUUGCGAAAUCCAAAGUCAGAUAAAUUCAAUGUUCAUACCGUCAUUACAAAUGCCCGUGAAAUCGUUCAUGACUUUGGAUUUAGAUCGCACUUUUAGGCAAAGCAUCGAAAAUAUUGUCUUCGAAUUAUUCAGGUUUUUUUUUUUAACAUUUCAAGCUGGUGAAAUUGAAUACCUAGGAAGUUACUGUCUCAUUUCGUUCGAUUGACAAUUCUCGCUGAAAUAUGAAAGUUUGAAAGUAGAUUUUUUUUUUUUUUUGUAAAUAUCCUUCAGUAUAUCUUUGGUUUUCAUUUCAAAUGUAGUGAAAUUGAACUCUGAUACCAGUGUUUUAUCCUGAAGUGGGGGAUGUGACGGGAGGCUUGCUGAGGCAUGUAAACCUAAAGUAAUAUAAAGAAUUAGAACAUAUUGGUUUUGAAAAGUAGGGGACUCAGCAUAAAAAAUGGAUGGUGAACUAAAGAAAUUGUCUGCAACCCAAAUUCAGCGAAUGAAAAAUAAUCAACAAAAAGCCUUACAGUUACGGAAAGCAAGAAUAGCUAAUUUAGCAAAUGCCGAAAAGGCAGUCAGUCAAAAAGAAGUUGGAUCAGUUGCCCUACCUCGUGAUACAGGGGCUGGUUUUUUUGCAGAAGAUGAAGAUGUUGAUGCCAAUUUAGAAGCAAGACCAAUAAUAAGUACGCCUGCACCUCUUAUUUUUGGAGAUCGUCCGAUAUGCUUGGAAUGUAAUGAAGAAUUUAGUGAUUCAUUUCUGCAAAAACAUUUUGAUCUUCAUGUUUGUGAUAGUUGUAGAGAUAAUGAAGAUGCUCACUGUCUAAUCAGUAAAACUGAUGCCAAGAAGGAGUAUUUGUUAAAAGACUGUGACUUUGACAAAAGAGAGCCUCCUUUAAAAUUCAUUUUGAAAAAAAAUCCUCACAAUGUUCAUGGAAAUAUGAAAUUAUAUCUCCGAUUGCAGGUUGAAAAACGUGCUUUGGAAGUUUUUGGAACUGAAGAUAAAAUUGAAGAAAUGAAAGAACAAAGAGAAGAAGCUACUCUUAAACGGAAGAAGAAAGCUUACGAUAAAAAGGUUAAAGCUUUAAGAAUGGAAGUGAGGAGCAGUUUAUAUAGAAAGAACGAUACCUCACACAAUCAUACGUAUGGUCCUGAAGAGUAUGAUGAGGAGGAGGAUGUGUAUAUUAAAACGUGUUCUUCGUGUGGUCAUACAGUUGAGUUUGAAAAAAUGUAGAAUAUUUUUAUGAUAGAUAUUUCUUAUUAUGUUCCAUUCAUACCCUGUUUUUUUUUUUUUUUUUUAAUGACAUGUUUUAAUUUAAAAGGUAGUUAAUGCAUAGCUGGUCCUCAUUGAUAUCAUCAGAUUUGUCACUUUUAUUGAACAAAUUUUUUUCUGUAUAAUAGUGAUUGUAUAUAAUGAGCAUGAUUGAAAUUUAUGUAAAAUUUAACUUUUAUAUUGUCACCUUUUUACUCAAAUUUUCAUGUUUUGUCACCUUUUAAGGGACCAGUAAAACA